CGGAGGUUAAAAAAAGUUGAGCUAAUGAAUACGUACAAACUUUGAUUUUGUCACAGUUAAUCCUACACCAAAAAGGAAAAGAAAAAACAAUCCCUUUAUUUAGCAGCAAUAAUCAGAAAGAGAAAAUCAGAAACUUUCCAAAGAUCUAUAAACAGAAAGAGGAAAACAAAAACCCUAACCCUAAUUCUAUAUAAACCACUAUUAUUCUUCAUUGCCAGCCAAAACUCAUCAUCCAUAGCUGUUUCUCUCGAAAAAACUUGUUUUCCUUCAUCUAAGAUUCAUUUCUUUUUUUUCUUGCGAAUUCCAUUGUGAAUGGUAGAAAUCCUCAAGAACUUGUUAAUGAUCUCCCCUUUAACUCCAAAAAGGGGGAUCUCUGUUUCAUCUGCUUUCUCCUUUGGCUCUUGCAAAGAAGGCUGGUACUUCCGCUGCCUCGGCGUUGACCCUUAAACGCUGUUCGUUUUUUCCACAAUUUCUAGAAAUCUCAAAUCGUAAUUUUUCUUCUUUUUGCCCUGAUUUGUUUGAUUGAAAAUAAAUUUUGGAAAAUACCCAGAAAAAAAUUGAAAUUUAAAACAAGAUGUUGCUUUACAAGCCAAAGAAGAAUCAAACCGGAAAAGGAAACCGGAUUUUGAUUAGUAUUACGGUUCUCGGAAGUGCCGGUCCGAUCCGGUUUGUUGUUAAUGAAGAGGAGCUUGUGGCUGAUGUUAUUGAUACUGCAAUGAAAGCUUAUGCUAGGGAAGGCCGCCUUCCUGUUCUUGGUUCUGACUUCAGUAACUUUGUGCUUUAUUGCCCCAGUGCUGGCACUGAAGCUCUGGGUCCAUGGGAGACUAUUGGAUCGCUUGGAGUUCGAAAUUUCAUGCUGUUCAAGAAGUCGUCACAGGGUGAGAACACAGUUGAUGAUGGGAAGCAGUCACCAAUCCGGAAGGGAGCUGGAAGCUGGAAGACAUGGUUUAACAAGUCAAUCAGUCGCAAGAUAGCAUCUCACUGAUCAAGUACACUCGGUCUUUUGAAAUUUUUCUUCGAUGUGGUCUGUCGCAUAUUGUGUGUUACAUGCGACCAAAUAAACGAGUGCAGUAUUUGUGUUUUCAAUAAUGGCAAAGUAAAACCUUUGUCAGCUGUUGAGUUUUUGAGUUUGUGUUCAAUGUGUGUUAGUUCUUUGAAUUGGGUUAACGUCUUGUUGGUGUUUCAGUAACAUUUUCUAUGAAAGGAAUCAUUUUUCUUUCCA